AUGGGUGUGUCAACGGAUAAAAGUUCCAAAGAGGCACCCCAUCAAUCUGAAGCUAUCGGCAAAUCUUCUGAUGAACGACCACCUUCCUAUUCGGCCAAUCAGGUUGAGCAGCCGCCACUAGAACUGCCACCACUGGAUCUGAGUUCCCAACCACCUGCUUCAACUACCGUCACUCGCGACCAGUGUGUUGUACAUCUCAAGUUUCUGGCUGUGCUCGCAGAUCUGCGAGAUGCUAUCUCGAGUGAUGACGGGCUCUUUGGUAUCCUUGACGCCGAAGCUGAACAAUUUCCGAAUGAACUAAAUGAAGCACGGGCUCGUAUUCGCGAAAAGCGCUGGGCGGUAUAUACAGCGCGUGCGGUCGAGCGAUAUACCAAGUGGUGGUCUACUGGGCUCCCCCGGUCAAGACCGAUGGCAACUAUUAAUGACUUGGAGUCUAUCGACUACGAAAGCAUCCUUAAGUGUGGUACUAUAGUUGCAUGGAGCACGGAAAAUUUACCCCCGCUGGAUAUCUUGAUGGUCUGGCAUGCUCAUUCGUUGAAUCCCCGGAACUUCCUUGAGGAUUGCAUUCGAUACGGCAAGAUGAGCACCUGGGUGACAGGAUUUCCGUGGGAAGCGAUAGAUCGCGGUAUCGACAACCACACGAUGGAGUAUACAGUUUCCGAACAAGCCCAGCAGCUGUUCGAGCAGAAACUGAACUUCAAGUGGAACAAUUUACACGAUCCGCCGACCAAGAAUGUCAAAUGUCACUGCUGUGGAUGGGCGAACGCUGUCCCGUGGACAGAAGCUCGGUUUGGGGGACUCGUUGCCUACGCCUACAAAUUUAGCAGUGGCUAUGCCGAUUAUUCAUUUGAAGUGAAAUGCUUCAGCUGUGAACACAUAAUCGAUCAUGGCCGGCUCAAGGUGGCAAAGUUUCGAAAAGACCUUGAAGCAGCUCUUGACAAAGACCUACCUAUGCCCGGGUCGUUUACCAAUCUUUAUGGAAUCCCCGAGGGGGGCUCAACUGCUACUGCCGAUCCUAGGGCCUUCCGCGACAUGCUAUUCCCCACACGAGUCGUCCAGGCUGCUAGAAAGGGCUUGUUGCAUCUCACUGAUGGUCGAGUGGAUAUGUGUCAGAAUGUCACCCAGCUGAGAGACCAACUCGAGACGAAGCUACGCGACACAAAUCUUUUGUGGAAAGCACAUGGUGUCUAUCUUAAAAGUCUCCAGUACUCCGAGAAGAUCCAAUUCCGAAGAAUGAUGUCUCGAUACUGGGAUAACCUCGGUCCCUUCGCGCUAGAUCUUGUAGGCGCUGUUAUUAGACAAGGCACCUUCGUGGAUAAAAUGGACAAAAUCGACUGGCUACACUCGCCGACAGUCUUCAACACCAUGGACCGGUUGAUCAAAAAGUACGAGGUGUUCUUCCAGAUUAUGAUCGAAAACCCAGACAAGAUGGCCGUUCCCACACUGGACGUCGACCUGGCCUGGCACACACACCAACUCAGUCCAUCGCGAUACUACAAAUACAGCACGUCACAGGUAAAACUUGGUAGUACCCGUAUGUUCAUUGACCACGACGACAAAGUCGACGAGGGAAAACUCUCCGACGGCUUUGCCUGGACCAGCAAGAUGUACCGCCGUAUCACCGACGGCGGAAUAUACAGCGAAUGCACCUGCUGGUACUGCGAAGCAACACGAACACCAGACCUGUAUAGCCGGUUGAUCACUGUUGGCUCAGCCUCUCGCGCUCGAACCGCUGCAGACCUUUUGCACGACCGUCCCGAUAUCUCGUCUGACCCAAACAAGAAUCCACACAUCUCUUCACAUAACGCCGUCCGGCCAACAAACGAGUACCACCGGUCUGAGUGGCGUAAAUCUCUGCAACGUGCGCGUCUACAGAGCAACUACCAAAAGGCUGCCCGGCGUGCAGAGAAGCGCCGCCAACGAUCCGGCUCCAAAUCUUCUGCUUCUCAGGGCGACGCUUAUCCAUACUACCUGCCUUAUGCAUAUGGUUACCCCAUUGUGGUGCCAUACUAUGGACCGUAUAUGAUGGACCCGUCCAUCAACUGCGAUUCAUACGCGUGUAACCCUGGCUGCAUGAAUGUUACUGCAGGUGCUGCUGGGAACUGUUGUGCUGGCACGUGUGGUGGUACCGUAGCCUCAGGUGGCUGUGCGGGAGGCAGUGGUAGUGGAGGAUGUGGCGGAUCAAGUGGCGCCUGCGGAGGAUCCAGCGGUGGCGGUGGUGGUGAUGGCGGCGGCGGUGGCGGCGGUGGUUGCGGAGGAGGAGGGGGAGGAGGAGGCUGUGGUGGAGGUGGCUGUUGA